AUGCCCACAACGAUGCGAGCUUCCUCACUUGGCUCAUGCUCGCUUAUUGCCAGAAUUGGUGCCUUGCUCUCGCCAACUCUAUUCUUUCUCGCAACUAUAUGGCCACCGGCCGCCUAUCUGGCUGUUGUACUGGUUGGGCUAAUUAAUUUGGCAAUAUCAUGUCUGUUUUUGGUCGAAACGAAGGGGGUCAAUCUGGAUACUGUGGAUGCACCGAUCGAAAACAGUCAGGAAGAAGAACAAGUUGCAAUGAUACCAAAAAAUAACGAUAAUGCAUGA